AUGGCAGACUAUCACACGGUCUACAAGGGCCCUGAGGGCGAGACAACGCAGUGGCAGGACAUCCAACGGCGGCUGGGCAACCUGCCGGCCAAGGCGCUGGUAUGGAAGCCGGAUGCAUACGCGCCAGAGGCGGAGGCGCCGAGCGGGGCGGCCAAGAUCAGGGAGAAGGACGCGGAUGAGCUGUCAGAUCUAGAGGAUGACUUUUCCGAUGACCGCGCUUUGGAGGAGUACAGGCAGCGCCGCAUCCGCGAGAUUCGCGAGGCAGCCGCCCGCCCCCGCUUCGGCACCCUCGACGAAAUUUCCGGCAGCGAGUUCGUCCAAAAAGUCACCGAGGCGUCCCGCGCCUACUGGGUCGUCGUGCUGCUCUACAAGUCCAGCAGCGCCGGCUGCGGGCUCAUGGAGGGCGCGCUGCAGGACCUCGCGCGGCGGCACCCCGCGACGCGCUUCCUGAAGAUCGUGUCGACGAGCUGCAUACCGAACUACCCGGACCAGAACCUGCCGACGGUGCUGGUCUACCACGGCGGUGGCUGCAAAAAGCACAUCAUUGGCUUGCAGGCGUUCGGCGGGCCGCGGACGACGCCGGAGCAGGUGGCGCUCACGCUGAAUCAGCUCGGGCCGGUGUGCGGCGGCGGCGAGGAGGGGCCCGGCGACGAGGGCGGCGCGGGCGGCAGCGGCGCGGCGGCGGCGGCGGAGCGGGCGGUCAAGGGGCUCGUGCAGCGGCUCGUGGAGCAGCGGGAGCAGGCGGCCGCUGACGAGGACGAGAGCAGUGACUUUGACUGA